CGAGUAAUUUAAAGGCUGAGGACAGUCAUCUCACAAUCAUCUUAACAUGAAGUAUCCGCAAACAACAACAUAAACAAGAAACGAAGAUGGCGUUCAAAUUGGAUGAAAAUUUAAAAGAAGCAUUUCUUAAACAUCGUCGCGGAGAAUAUGAUAAAAAAUUAGAUGAUCGACUCCAGAAAGAAGGUAGAAAGAUUUUGGAAGAGAAUGAUCCCAAGAAUAAGUCAAAAGCCAUGUUAAAUAUUCACAUGGUCUUCUGGAUGGUUGCGUCGAUGGGAGUUUUUUAUUACACAGAUUUUUACAUGGCAGUGAAAAUUGACCCUAGAGUUUAUAGGUUAUGGCUCUAUGUUGGUUGUGUUUUUUUGUUGGUGAAUUUUACAAUAGCCUUUUACCUCAUAUUUUGGUGCUCAUAUUAUAAGAAUAUUCAGGAUUGGGAUAAAUACGCGCCAUUUGCAGUGCCCGUGGCAACUGCAGCGUUCAUUGCUGGAAUGAUUUGCUGCACAUAUGCAUUGUGGCCAUUAUGGGGCUUCUUCACACCACUUAUUCUAUUUACAUUAUUUAUGGGAGUUUUAUUUCUCCUCACAAUAAUACCAAUUUAAUGAAGUGUAGUGUACAUGUAAUGUACAGACUGUAAACUUCAAACUAGAGACAUAUUAUAGUGAUUUAUCAUACAUUCUCUUGCGCUGGCUUGCUUACAGAUCUUGUGUUUUUUGACAUAUGACAUACCCACUGGGUUGACUAAUGUUUUGUUGUACAUACUUUACAUUUCUGCGAUCACUAAUUCAAAUAGUAAAUUGUCAAUUUUUAAUAAUGUGUUUUCAAUUAGAAAAUGUUCAGUCUUUCCUUUUUUUGUACCAGUAGCAAAGUGAUUAGAAUGUAAAAUACAAGUUUGACCUGUACAAGUAUAAAAAUUA